CUCUCUCUCUCUGUGUAUGUGAGUUGGAUUGAGUUGGGGCCACAGCUCGCAUGCACACUUCAUCUUUUAAAUGAAAGUUUUUUUUCCUCUUUUGGAUCAUGGAGACAACUUGACCCUGUGCGUGUUUCAGACAAACAAUCGGCUUCUUUGGAUCAUUAAACGCAAACAAACACGCAAACAAGCGGACCAGCGCAGCUCGGCCCGAGCCCGGCUCACCCCCGACUCGUCAGAAUAAGCAGCCGCAUCUCAGGGCCCAAGAGAUGGAGACCAACGGCGUAGGAACAUCUGGGAUCUCCGAUGAUGAGGCAAUGUGGGAAAAGGUUGAGUGCAAACGCUACGAACUGAGCCGCUCCAUCUCCCCGGCCAAGCUCACCCCCUACCUCCGCCAGUGUAAAGUCCUGGACGAACAGGAUGAGGAUGAGAUCCUCAACUCCAUGUUGCUGGUGUCUAAAGUCAACCGCACAGGCCGUCUCCUCGAUAUCCUCCACACUAAAGGAGAGCGGGGCUAUGUGGCUUUUCUGGAGAGUCUGGAGUUCUACUACCCCGACCUGUACAAGCUGGUCACUGGGAAUGAACCCACACGCUGCUUCUCCACCAUCGUAGUCGAGGAGGGUCAUGAGGGUCUGACCCAGUUCCUGAUGAACGAGGUGAUGAAGCUGCAGCAGCAGGCCAAAGCCAAAACCCUCCAGCAGGCCGAGCUCAACAUGAAGAACUGCACUCUGGAGGACGAGCACAAGAAGCUACGGCUGGCCAACCAGGAGCUGCAAGCCUUCCAGCAGAGUAAAACAAUAUGGUACAAUAAGAUGAGAGAGGAGAGGAACAGCUACAGUGACGAGCUGCUGAGAGUGAAAGAUGAGAACUAUAAACUGGCCUUGAGGUAUGCCACGCUCAGCGAAGAGAAGAACAUGGCCGUGAUGAGGAGCAGAGACCUGCAGCUCGAGAUUGACCAGCUGAAACACAGGCUGAACAAGGUGGAAGAGGAGUGUAAGAUGGAGAGGAGGCAGAGCCUGAAGCUGAAGAACGACAUCGAGAACCGGCCCAAGAAAGAGCAGAUCUUCGAGCUGGAGCGAGAGAACGAGAUGCUCAAGAUCAAACUGCAGGAGCUGCAGUCCAUCAUACAGCCUGGCCCCCUGCCUGCAUCAGACAAGGCCAUCCUGGACAUUUUGGAGCAUGACAGACAGGAGGCGCUAGAGGACAGACAAGACCUGGUCAACCGCCUCUACAACCUCCACGAAGAAGUUAGACAGGCAGAGGAGCUGCGAGACAAGUACCUGGAGGAGAAGGAGGACCUGGAGCUGAAGUGCUCCACACUGCAGAAAGACUGCGAGAUGUAUCGCAAUCGUAUGAACACCAUCACAAACCAACUGGAAGAGGUGGAGAAGGAGAGGGACCAGGCGUUUCGAGCCAGAGACGAUGCCCAGCACCACUUCUCUCAGAGCCUCGUGGACAAGGACAAAUAUCGCAAGCAGAUCAGAGAGCUGGAGGAGAGGAGCGACGAGCUCCACAUUGAAAUUGUCCGGAAGGAAGCCAAGCUGGUCACCCUGGAGUCACGCCUACGACGGGUGUCCAAAGACGUCGCUCUGGACCAGAGCCUGCCAAGGGACCUGCCCCCGACCAUCAUCUCUCAGGGGGAGGAGUUUAAACCCGUCCAGGGCCAAUCAGAAUGCUCCAGCGAUGAGUCGCCCGAGGAGAAGUUCUUCCCUGAGGAGCCUCGCCUCAGACGUAGACCCAACCUGAAGGCAGCAGGGAUUAGAGUCAAGUCUCCAGUCUCUGCACCGAAGGUUCUGGACCUUCCAGUCAACUCAGAUGCUGCUCCACCUGCAGCUCUGACAGUCAAUGGAGGCGAUUCUCUGGAGGUUCACAUGUCCAACUCACACAGCACCAGCGCUUUCCCUACCUCCCCCGUCAUUCCCAUGUCCCCCACCUACCCGUUCUCUGCAGCUCCCCCUCUCUGCCCCUCGCCCUCCCCUCUUCCUGUCACUGUGGUGGAGCUGACCAACCGGGCCAUGCUGCGUUGCCGUAAUGACAGCAUCCUGUCCACUCUGCCCGAGCCGCCAGAGCAGGCAUCGCUGUACCGCCGGCAGAGGGAGAGGGAACAUGACUUCCCCCUCCGCAGCCUGUCUGACUUUGAUAGUGAUAACAUGGAAAUGGAGUUUGAGGAUGAGGUGCAGCGUGGCCCUCCCUCUGUCCACUCGUCUUCAUCGUCCCAUCAGUCAGAAGGGAUGGACUCUUACGACCUGGAGCAAGUCAACAAUAUCUUCAGGAAGCUCUCUCUGGAGAGGCCGUUUCGUCCGUCUCUCUCGUCCUUCACGAGGGUCAGCUCCACCCUGAAGCCUGUGCAGGAGCUCUCGCUGCAGGGCGAAAACCUGCUGAGGGACGUCACUCUGGUCGGCGGCAAUGACAGCGGGAUUUUCGUCUCAUCUGUCCAAUCGGGCUCCAACGCUGAGAAGGCGGGGCUACGAGAAGGACACCACCUGCUAUUGGUUGAGGGGUCAAUACGUGGGGAGAGGCAAAGCAUUUCAUUGGAUACCAGCACUCAGGAAGAAGCCCACUGGACACUGCAGCACUGCACUGGACCGCUCCAGCUGCACUAUCGAGCCAACUACGAUUCCUACCACCGUCUCCAGAAUGACAUGGCAGACGGCAAGGUGGCCUCCGGCGACUCGUUCUACAUCCGGGUCAACCUCAACAUCUCGGGCCAUUCGGACAGCUGCUCUCUGAGCUUGCUCUGUGACGAGGUGGUGCACGUCCUGGACACCAGGCACCAGGGCCGCUGUGAGUGGCUGUGCGCCCGCGUCGACCCUUUCACCGGCUCUGACCUGGCUGACUGCGGCACCAUACCCAGCUACUCUCGGGCCCAGCAGCUGCUCUUGGUGAAGAUUCAGAAGUUAGUGUGUCGAGGAGGGAAAGAGGAGAGCGACAGCCUGCGGAACAUCAGGAACUCCUUGCAACCAGAGGAGGCCGGCCACUCCCCUGAUCCAAAAGCCAGUCCACGUUUGUCUAGAGCCAGCAUCUUCAUCACUCAGAUACUACAGUUUGUCAGCAGGGUGGAUAACAAGUAUAAGCGAAUGAACAGCAGUGAGCGGGUUCGAAUCAUCAACUCGGGAAACUCCACGCUGCCCAGACAAGGCUUUGAGACCCUCAGACCAGACGACGCUGCAGAGCCAGACGGUGAUCUGAGCAGGGGUUUGAACCUGAUUCCCUACAGUCCCGUCACUCUGCAGCGGACCCAGAGGAGGAGACCGGUCCUUUUCACUCCCACUGCCCUGGCCAAGACCAUCAUUCAGAAAAUCCUCAACAUGGGCGGAGCCAUGGACUUCAAUAUCUGCAAACCAGAUAUUCUGACCAAGGAGGAGUUCCAUCUGAAACAGAACGUGGAGCCCUUCAUUCACUACAGAGAGAAACAGGCCACAUUCGAAUGUAUCACCAGAGAAAACAUAGAGGCUGUCGCUGCCAAGGGAAAGCACUGUCUGCUGGAGGCCGAGCUGAGCUGCAUCAAAGACCUUCUGAGGAGAGAGAUCUACCCGAUCAUCAUCUACAUCAAAAUCUGUGAGAAGAAUGUCAAGAGGUUACGGAAGUUGCCUAUGCGCGUGGAGUCAGAGGAGGAGUUUGUGAAGUUGUGUCGGGCAAAGGAGAAGGAGCUGGAGGGCGUUCCGUGCCUCUACGCCAGCAUUGAGCCCGACGCCUGGACGGGCACAGAAGACCUGCUGAAGGUCAUCAAGGACAGAAUACUGGAGGAGCAGAGGAAGACCAUCUGGGUGGAACAGGACCUGCUCUAGACACACACACACACACACACGCACACACACACACAUAAACCAUGCCUCACUCAAAAAUCACACAUUGUACAUGCACAUGUGAAAGACCUUGCACAUCAUGCUCCGGUUCAUACACAUGCUUCUGCUCGGAUUCAAACAUGCACAUGUGGAUAUUCAAAAUAUUAUAAGAUAAAUGCAUUACACUUUUUUUUUGUAAACUGUGCUUUUCUUUUGAGUUAGA